AUAGUCAACUCACUGGAGACUAUACGCAUUUAACUAAAAUAAAUGAUUCAACUUUGUAUUCAGGCCUAAUCGGUAACACUCCACAAGAAGGAGUAAUUUUACUUUUUAUACUACCUGAAGUCAUAAAGUAAAUACAAAAUAUUGUUAAUUUUAACUAUAAUACUAAUAAUAUAAUAAAAUUGCAGCAUACUGAGAACUGGUUCAACCUUUUUGUUUGAUGGAACAUUCUCAAGUGAACCAUCAUUUGGUAAUGAGUGCAAACAGUUAUAUGUAAUAAUGGGCAUAUCAUUUAACACUGUAAGUUUAGUUUGAAAAUAUAUACCUAUUCAAUAACAAAAUAGCUAAAUUAUUUAAAUGUAUUAAAUAUUUUUAUCUUAGGGGUUUCCAAUUGGGUUUGCACUCAUGUCUAGAAAAACAGAGAGUGCAUACUCAGCACUGUUUAACCAAAUCCUAACUUUAGUACCGGAAUGGCAACCACAGACAAUAAUAAUGGAUUUUGAAAGGGCAGCAAUAUCAUCCAUAUCAUGUCAAUAUUUCCUAACGCUGAGGUACGAGGUUGUUGGUUUCAUUCUUCCCAAGCUGUCUGGAGGAAAGUUGAAAAUAUUGGUAAGCUAUUUAAUUUACUGUAUUUAUCUGAUAAGUAUUCAAGUAUCAGCGUAUUGAGAAUUCAGAUCAUGCUAUAUACAAGUUAUAAUUAUGGAAAUGGAAUUAUAAUGUUGUUUUGAAAAGUUAAAACCCAUAUCAAAUUAAAACAGUAUUUUUGGUUUUUAUAAUUAAAUAAAUUAAAAACAAAUAAAAUUAUAUAUUGAUAGACAAUAUACAUAUCCUUGUAACAACUAACAAUACUAAAUAUACUUGCAUAACAUACGACUACAAUAUGUUAAGAGGACCCUUCACCAAUGAUUUUUGGUAGUAAAACAUACUUAAACGUCUUUGGCUGUAACAUAAUGUAUAUAAUACUAUGAAUGUAUAUAUUAUAUUAUACAGUUGUGGGCCUUAGGAAUUAAUAUUCUUACAGUGUAAACUAUAAGCGUAUCCUUAUAAAUUUCUUUUUUUCUUAUUAUUCUAUAGAUUGACAGGUCACACUUUAACAACAAGUUAUACUUAUUGACUAUUGUAUUGCCUAUAUUAAACAUUAACAAAUAGUAAAUGUGGAUAUAAUGACUUAUAAUAGACAAUAUAGAUUUUGAGAUUCAUAAUUAACACUCAUCAUGUUUAUAUACGGAUAUAGGAUUGACAGAAUUAUGUACAAAUAAUAGAGGGGCCUAUGAUAUUGUCCAUUUAUUGAUGGCAUUACCUCUUCUGCCACAAAACAUGAUAAUGGAGGGUUUUGAAAGUGUCAAACAUGUCUACCACGAGAAUGUGCAGUUAAGUUUAGGCGAUCACAGAGAACAAUUUAAUGCACUUUUUAAUUAUUAUCGGUCGACAUGGCUACAAGGAGUUAACGCAGAUAUGUUAUCGGUGAGUGAUACGGUUUGGCGCACCAAUAAUGUACUUGAAGUUAGCCAUCAACACUUACAAAUGCAUAUGGGGAACAGACACCACCCAGAACCGUGGAUAUUUCUGAGUAAUAAUAAUGUUUAUUAUUAA